AUGCGCCCCAAUACCUUCCAAGCCAACCAACGGUGGAAGCCACCAACCACACCGGGUUUAGGAACCCGGCCUUACCGGGUACGAUCGGAGAGUUAUGAACACAUGCCGGUAACACCAUUAGGGAAAUACCCCGCAAUCAAGCCCCGGAGGAAGAUUUCCAAAACCGGUCCUAGUUUGGACGGCCAUCGAGAUGAUGCUUGUAUAGCCGUGCUCGUAUGUAAGUUUGUGGUUGGCGUUGGGGGCAGGGACCGGGGGCGGGGGGUGUGGGUGCGGAAUUCUUUGCGGUGGUGGUCGAACCAACUCCCAUCCCACCGCCCCGACAUGAGAAAACUUCCCGUGUCGAUGGUUCGGCCCCGGGCCCCCCCGCCGCCAGGCACCACAGACAGCCCGGGGCCGAGGCCAGAAGAAACCGCCUCCAAGACCCGGGACACCGCGGCCUAG